AGUAUGGUGUCAAGUAACAAUGAGUAAGUUUACAAAAUGGCUGCCGUGCAGUUUCGUUUUAUGAAAGUGCUGCGGUCUUUUCCGGAGACUUUUAGAUAUCAUCAAGUUUUAGCGUACAAAUCUUCAAGUUCACACGAUAACCCUUUGGGGAUCAAGGACGAAGGUUUCGAGGAAACGGAAACUCGUGGUCGAGCCGAAGAUCGUGCAUCGAAGGGACUCCCCAAGAAGUUUCCCAUAGCGGGAGUCAAGCAUGUUGUACUUGUGGCUUCAGGGAAAGGCGGUGUUGGUAAAUCCACCACAGCCGUCAACCUUGCCCUGGCCUUGUCUCAAAGUGAUAAGCAUCCCAGCGUGGGGAUCUUGGACGCAGACGUGUACGGUCCGUCCAUACCACGAAUGAUGAACCUGAGCGGUGAACCCGAGCUUACGAACCAAAACCUGAUGAAACCCCUGGUGAACUACGGUAUAAAAUGCAUGUCCAUGGGGUUCCUUGUGGACGACAAGUCGCCCGUCGUUUGGAGGGGGCUCAUGGUCAUGUCCGCCAUCCAGAAACUGCUCAGGCAGGUGGCGUGGGGUCCCCUCGACUACCUGGUUGUGGACAUGCCGCCCGGCACAGGGGACACGCAGCUGUCCAUCUCGCAAAACAUCCCGGUCUCAGGGGUGGUCGUGGUUACGACACCGCAGCCAAUCGCGUUGACAGACGCUCGCAAGGGAGCGGAGAUGUUCCAGAAGGUUCAGGUCCCAGUCCUAGGGCUGGUGCAGAACAUGAGCAAGCUGACUUGCUCCAACUGUGGCCACCAGAGUCACAUGUUCGGCAAGGACGGCGCAACCGAACUGGCUCGGGAAAUGGCACUGGACAUUUUGGGUGACAUUCCCUUGGACAUUGAAAUCAGAGAGACUUCUGACAAUGGGCAACCUAUUGUAGUGUCCAACACAAGCUCACCUCAAGCGGAAGCUUAUAGAGAAAUUGCCAAGAAAGUAAGAGGGAAGCUUCCCACAUAAACAAGGUGUCGCUUUUGGUUUUCAUGGUGAGUAAUUUUUGUGGCGGAACCCCACAUUGGUUCUUCAUCUCAAAAUUUAUGGAAAUGAGUAAACUGUGCAAAACUUGACAAGUUUAUUUGUUCUUGAACCAGAACCAGGUUCCCCGUUCCAUUAAGCCGUAAUGUAGCAUGGGCAUGUGGUUUGAUGAUGUAUCGUUGUGGACAAUAUGAACUGAAACAGUCCUUUAUAUUUUGCUGGUGAACUUGUUGGUUUCCGAAAAAGUUUCCUCAAAACCAGUGAUGGGACACAAAGUUUAGGCCCCAUUCCCUGAAAUACAUCUCGAAUUAAGAGAUAAUGGAGCAUGUGUUUAUGCACUACAAUGUCCUUUGCCAAUUACUUGCUGGAGGAGCAGCCCUUAAUCCCAUUACUGUUUAUUUUUUACGGAAAAUUUGCUCUAGAUAUCUAACGUUUUCUAUAAAAUAAAAGCAGUUUACUAUAGUGAAGAGAAGGGGUGUUAGAUGUGUUUGGGUGGUGGGAAUUUCCCUCCCCUUUCCUAAAAUAGUUUACUAGAAAUGUCUGAAAUGUUUCUGUAAUGGGGAGGGGGGGGGGGGCAAUAGUUUUCCUGCUUUAGCGAUGCUGGUGGGGAAGGUAACAGUGACCGGUAUCCUCUUGGUAUGUGUGUGAGCUAGGUCCGCUCCAUCUGCAAUAGGUAAUUCUGCAUUGAAAAGGGGAGCUUUUCUUCUAUUAAGUAUACAUUCUCAGAAGCAAAGGCUUCAAUAUUUUUACUACCAUGCAUCAUUCACCUUCAUUACACUUUCAUUGUAAACCCUGCUAUGAUGUCUUGAUGGAGCCAACUUUGUCACCUGUUCAGAGCUCUGGCAGUUUAUGUGGGAACAGUUUUUGCUACCAUGACCAUUUGAGUGUUGAUGCGCAACUCACCGGGGGUUGUUGCGGUUCUCCACAGCUGAAGGCCUCAACAAGCGACCAAAGCAAUCACUUCUCAACUGGUGGGCUUUCUGCUGUCGCAACAGGGAUGACUAGGUUGCCUAAGAAUCUAAAGCUAAAACGAGAUAACACCAAUGUAACCAAAAAUAUACAAUAUACACAGUACCUCAUUUUAGAUAAAGAGAACUUUAUUUUAUACACACAUGAUCACAUAAUCCAACAGUGUAAGAUCCCCCAUCAGAAGACUGCAUUUACUUUGGGGCGGGAUGUACAUCCAGAUCUGCAGUUUGGACCAAUUUAUGUUUGCAUAGACAGACAGGCUUGUCAUUUUUGCAUGUGUUGCUUUUAAGCCUUUUUUUCUGGAAAAGGAUGUAAAAGAUGAGUGGCAGCUGUGAACUUAAAAUAAAGUUGUAUAUUCCUUU